ACCCAGAAAACCGACACCACGAAAAGCCAUUGCAACUAUUGGACAGGAAAGGCCCACUGAGGAUCUCGGGUUGGAAGUUGGAGAAAUUAGGAUAAGAUUGGGAGAACAAGAAGCUGUAUUCGACAAAGGAGAAUGGCUACCAGGUACAGAGUCCUGUCACUGACAACUGAAUGCACACCAGUGCAGAGCUACGAGAACAUUUGUGUGUGGCAGAGGAGAUGCAACUGGACAAGGAUCCUCUGGCAGUGGCCCAAUGUACUCAUACAUGCCGGCGAGAUGCUGACUGCACACAACAGUGGCACACUUGCUUUGUUUGGUCACCACUGGUGCUGGAUGCAAAUGCUGCGAUGGUGGAUUGCAAGAGUGUGCUGCCACAAGACUGGCCCAACAAGUGGAAUUCACAAAGAAAACAAGAAAUUGAGGAAAAGGCUACAAGAUCUUGAGAAUGAGAACAAUUUGCUUAAACUGAAAUUUGAAAUUCUUCUUGACAUGCUAACACAAACAACUGCCGAAGCUCAUCUCAAAGAAAAACAGAUGGAGAAACUGCAGUCAGCUAUGAAACACUUAAAACGGAGAAAUUGAAAACUAUUAUUUCUGCCGUCAGAUGAUUCUUGCUCUACAGAAAUAAGUUAUCACCAGCAGGUCUGAAAGACAUCAUGGUGUGAUAAAUAAUUCAUGAACGGAGACACUACAACUAAGUGUAGUGGUUAUUGUUAAGGAGAACUGAUGUUUUGUUCCACAGCUCAGACAAUGAAACACUUAAUCAGCAUGUAGAAGGUUGUCUGUAUAGAAGCUAAUUGCUGUAAAACUGAAGCCUUCAGAAAUUUUUAAGGAAUGCACUCUUUGUGGAUUUUUGUCAUACUGUUUAAGAAGGCUGCCUGAUAGUGUUUAGUGUGAGUGAAAAUAAGUGACUUAAUAAUAAAAAACUCACUUUUUUAUUUUUUAUUUCAUGUUGCUCUGACCAUCAUAAGUAACAUGGCAGACGUUUUUUUAUCCACAAUGGCUUGAGUACUCUGCCUCCAUUCAGGGAUAAAUAAAUGUGGAAACACUGUGAUUUAAUGUAAAAAUGUCUGUUGCUGUCUGAAGAUCGAUUAUCAGAUUUGUUUUUCUUACUGCCUUCUCACCAACUCAAGCACAGAGCAGUUUGUCCAUCGAGGAAGCUAUGAAUUAGUAAGUUGCCUUAUUCGGUCUCCUCAAUUUCUACAGCACUGAAAUGAUUUAAAUACAGAUGUAAUACAAAUGACA